AUGAUGCAACUUGUGAUCGGUCGGCUCGGCGCUACGCGGCCCUGCCGGGCCACUCACUGCCGGCGACUGUGGGAGGCGGCGCGCGGCCCCCUGCCGUGGGGCGGCGCCGUGCCGCCCACCAUGAAUAUUUCAUGGGCGGCGCGGCCCAGCCGCAGCCGCAGCGACCUGACUCAACGCGGGCCGGCGGCGAACCCCGGCCGGUGGUGGCGCUCGCCGCUCGGCGACCGCUGGCGGGCGACGGCGACCUCAUGGCAGCCUGACGGCCGGCCGCCGCUGAAGGCGUUCCAGCUCCAGGCACGCCGCCGCAGCGACCGCAGGAGCCAGGAGGACAGGGCCGCCAUGGGCGCCGCCUGCCGGCCGAUGGCCGCACUAGCGCUGCUGGUCGCCUCCGCCUCCGCCGUCGCCCACAGCCAGGAAGCGUCCUCUGGCCGCUGCCACGUGGCGCUGGGCAUGGAGGAGGGCCGCAUCCCGGACUCCGCGGUCUCCGCCAGCUCCUCCUAUGAGCCCAAGUCUGUGGGGCCGCAGAACGCCAGGAUCCGUCAGGAGAAGAACGGCGGCGCGUGGUGCCCGAAGGCGCAGAUCAGCAGCGAGGUGCAGGAGUUCCUCGAGGUGGACCUGGGCCGGCCGCACCUCAUCACCGCCACCGAGACGCAGGGCCGCUUCGGCAACGGCCAGGGGCAGGAGUACGCCGAGUCCUUCCACCUGCUCUACUGGAGGGACGCGCUGCAGCGCUGGGCCGUCUACAAGGACGCACAGGGCCGCAAGGUGCUGGCGGGCAACCGCAACACCUACCUGGCGGUGCGGCAGCAGCUGGAGCUGCCGUUCGUGGCGAGCCGCGUGCGCUUCAUGCCCUACUCGCAGCACACCAGGACCGUCUGCAUGCGGGUCGAGCUCUACGGCUGUCCCUGGACGCAGAGCGUGCUGAGCUACUCGGCGCCGCGCGGCGACCGCUGGUCCCCGGAGCUGCGGCUGGAGGACCUCAGCUACGACGGCGGGCUGGACGGCCGCGGGGUCACGGCCGCCGGCCUGGGGCAGCUCGUCGACGGCCGGCUCGCCAGCGACGGCGGGGGCGGCGGGGGCGGCGCGCAGCCGUGGCGGCCCGACUGGCGGUGGGUGGGCUGGCACAACGAGAGCCGCCACGGCCAGCCCGUGGAGCUGGAGCUCCAGCUGGACGGCGCCAGGGAGCUGACGGCGGCGCGCCUGCACGCCCUCCACCGGCCCGACCACGGCGUCCAGCGCUCGAUCCUGUUCGGGCUGUACCUGCUGCGUGUGUUCGGCCCGUGCAUCCCGGCACGCUACGGCGCCGUGCACCAGCAACUCGCAGGCGCUGGCGUCCAGCACUGGAAUCCAGCGCCCGCCGUCGCAGCUCCAGUACGUGCUGGCGCCACGCUAGCCCACUCCGACCUAGGAGUACGGGUCUUUUCUACUGAACUGGGUGUUCUCCAAGGUGUGAGCCCACUGUGUACCCUUGCAGGUGUUCUCCAAAGUGUGAGCCUACUGUGUGCCUGUGCAGGUGUUCUCCAAGGUGGGAGCCCACUGUGUGCCCUUGCAGGUGUUCUCCAAGGUGUGAGCCAGCUGUGUGCCUGUGCAGGUGUUCUCCAAGGUGUGAGCCCACUGUGUGCCUGUGCAGGUGUUCUCCAAGGUGUGAGUUCACUGUGUACCCUUGCAGGUGUUCUCCAAAGUGUGAGCCCACUGUGUGCCUGUGCAGGUGUUCUCCAAGGUGGGAGCCCACUGUGUGCCCUUGCAGGUGUUCUCCAAGGUGUGAGCCAGCUGUGUGACUGUGCAGGUGUUCUCCAAGGUGUGAGCCCACUGUGUGCCUGUGCAGGUGUUCUCCAAGGUGUGAGCCCACUGUGUACCCUUGCAGGUGUUCUCCAAAGUGUGAGCCUACUGUGUGCCUGUGCAGGUGUUCUCCAAGGUGGGAGCCCACUGUGUGCCCUUGCAGGUGUUCUCCAAGGUGUGAGCCAGCUGUGUGACUGUGCAGGUGUUCUCCAAGGUGUGAGCCCACUGUGUGCCUGUGCAGGUGUUCUCCAAGGUGUGAGCCCACAGUGUGCCUGUGCAGGUGUUCUCCAAGGUGUGAGCCAGCUGUGUGGCUGUGUGCAGGUGUUCUCCGAGGUGUCGGUGUACCUGAGCCUGGACGGGCGGCACUACCAGGCAGCGCUGACGCGGCGCGUCGCCCCCCCGCCCGGCGAGCCGGCCGUCAACGUCAGCAUCUCGCUGCAGCAGCGCGUGGCGCGCUUCCUGCGGCUGCACCUGCGCUUCGCCGACCAAUGGAUGCUGCUGAGCGAGGUCUCGCUGGACUCUGUGGCCGUGCCGCGCAACGUGUCGGAGCAGAUGCUGGAGCAGAUGUUCUUCCAGCAGGACAACGCGCUGCAGGAGCCGGAGAGCCAGGACUCGCAGACUGCAGCCGUCGAGACGUCGCACGCCCGCAAGGAGGUCACCAAAGCGACGAGCGCGGCGGGCGCGCAGCAGGCGUACGUGGGGCUGGUGGGCGGCCUGCUGGCGACGGCGCUGCUGCUGGCGCUGGCGGCGGCCGCCGUGCUGGUGGUGCGCCGCGGCCGCCAGAAGGUGGCGCUGCUGGCGGCCAAGCCGUGCGGCGGCUUCUCGCCGGCGGGCGGCGGCUGCGCGGCCGCGGCGGCGCUGCCCCGGGGGGCGGCCGGCGGCGGCGUCUCGAUGCGCGGCCUGCAGCUGUCGACGCCGCCGGUGCUGGCGCGCGUGCUGGGGGUGGCCGGCCACGCCAGGGUGGCCGCCGCCGCCCCCAGGCGCGCCUCCCCCGCGCCGCACGCCGCCGUCUGCAGCCUGUACGGCGGCCGCGGCGACGACAGCGCCAGCGGCAGCGGCAGCAACGGCGACGACAGCGAGAACUCGAGCGUCUACCACGAGCCCUACAAGCUGCUCUCCGCACAGCACGAGUACGGCUGCCUGCUCGCGCCCUCCAAGAGCCACGACUUCGCCGACUUCCCGAGCGCGAGCGUCAGCAGCUUCCAGGAGGAGGCGGCGCGCUUCGCGGGGGGCGCCACGCCCCCGCCGCCCCCGCAGCCGGGCCGCGACUCGCCCGCCAGCGGCCAGCCGGAGAACUACUACGCCGCCACGGACAUCGUCAAGAGCGGCCGCUGCGAGCAGCACCUGCGGCCGGGCUGCUUCACGACGCUGCGGCUGCCGGGGGCCGAGCCGCCCGCGGACGGCCUCCACCUGCUGGAGUACCCCAGGCACCGCCUGCGGCUCGUCGAGAAGGUCGGCGAGGGCAGCUUCGGCAUGGUGCUGCUCUGCGAGGCGGACGGAGCGCCGGAGCUCAACGGGCUGACCAGCUCCCACAAGAAGAGGCUGGUGCUCGUUAAGUCCCUGUGGCGGGGCUGCAGUCAGCAAACCAGGGAGGAGUUCCUGCGCGAGUGCGGCUGGCUGUCCAGCCUGCAGGACGGCAACGUGUGCCGCACGCUGGCCGUCUGCUCGGCCGAGGAGCCGCUGUGCGCGCUGCAGGAGCACGGGGACCUGGGGGCGCUGCCCUCCGUGCUGCGCGAGCACACCCCGGACUCCAUCAGCUACGGCUGCCUCAUCUACCUGGCGACGCAGAUCGCGGCGGGCAUGAAGUACCUGGAGGGCCUCAAGCUGGUGCACCGGGACCUGGCCGCCAGGAACUGCGUGGUGGGCCCGGACUUCAGCCUGAAGGUGUCGGACCACGCCAUGUUCUGCUCGCGCUACGACCUCGACUACUACCUGAGCGACACGCAGACCAAGCUGCCCGUGCGCUGGAUGUCCUGGGAGAGCGUGCUGCUGGGCGAGUACUCGACCAAGAGCGACGUGUGGGCGUUCGGCGUGACGCUGUGGGAGACGCUGACGCUGUGCGCGGUGCAGCCGCUGGCGGAGCUGAGCGACCAGCAGGUGGUGGAGAACUGCAGCCGGUGGCAGCUGGACGACGGCCGCCAGCGCUGCCCUGCGCGGCCCGCCGCCUGCCCCCGCGAGCUCUUCGACAUGAUGGCCGAGUGCUGGCGCCGCGACGCCGCGCUGCGCCCGCGCUUCGCCGAGAUACACCUCUUCCUGCAGCGCAAGAACCUCGGCUACGGGCCCUCGCCGGCGCCCGGCUAG